ACAAUUGCCUCAUCGCUAAGAGAAGUCCUGGCGAAGCGUUUGUGAAACAUCGGUAGGUUUUCAUCUUGAGACGACCUGAGGAUUACGCGCUUUUUUGUUCUUCUCUUCGACAGGUAUUAAAGAUUGGUACUUCUUAAAAAUUUUAAACUCGGAUUCAAUCUCCACUGAUAUGAAGUUUUUCUUUUCGAAGGAUUCAUUGUGAUUUGGAGGAAUGAGCUGAUAAGAGCAGACCCAAGCAGCACCUCAACUGCCAUGGAAAAGUGUGCGUGACCGAGGCUUCUGCGAUUCUUGAUAAUUGCCAUUGGAGGACUUUCUGAAAAACAUUUGUUUGGCUAAGACCACUGUCUAGACAUGCCUCUCACAUCAAAGAAAGACAAGGAAAGUAAAGAAAAGGAAAAGGAGAAGGACAAGGACAAGGAGAAGGAAAAGGAGAAAGAAAGCAAAGAAGAAAAACCAAUAGAUUUUCGAGAGUAUCUGAUACAAGCCAAAAAGGAUUUCGAAAACAGAUGGACUAAUCCUUCCUCCAACACAGCCAAGCUUAGUCACUUUGAAAGAAUCCAGACACUUGGAACGGGUUCUUUCGGAAGAGUGAUGUUGGUCCAACACGAAGAAUCUAAAAAGUUUUAUGCGAUGAAGAUACUAGAUAAGUUAAAGGUAGUGAAGCUAAAACAAGUGGACCACACUCUGAACGAAAAAAGAAUAUUACAAGCCAUCGAUUUUCCGUUCAUGGUCAACCUGGUGUACCACUUCAAAGAUAAUUCUAAUUUGUAUAUGGUCCUAGAAUACGUAUCUGGAGGUGAAAUGUUUUCCCACCUUCGCAGAAGUGGAAGGUUUAGUGAAGCCAGCACGAGGUUUUAUGCUUCCCAAAUCGUCCUUUCCUUUGAAUACCUGCACUCCUUAGAUCUAGUCUAUCGGGAUUUAAAGCCAGAAAAUCUACUCAUCGACGAAGAAGGCUAUGUGAAGGUGACGGAUUUUGGUUUCGCAAAAAAAGUGCGGGGACGUACAUGGACUUUGUGUGGCACACCCGAGUACUUGGCUCCGGAAGUCAUCCUCAGUAAAGGCUACAACAAAGCCGUUGAUUGGUGGGCAUUUGGUGUCUUAGUGUAUGAAAUGGCGGCAGGCUAUCCGCCAUUUUACGCUGACCAGCCCAUUCAAAUAUACGAAAGGAUUGUUUCAGGGAAGGUUCGUUAUCCGUCACAUUUCUCUCAGGACUUGAAGGAUCUACUGAAGAAUCUUCUUCAAGUUGAUCUUACAAAACGGUUUGGUAACCUCAAAAAUGGAGUAGCAGAUAUUAAGAACCAUAAAUGGUUCGCAACUACAGACUGGAUAGCAAUCUUCCAACGAAAGGUAGAAGCGCCCUUUAUACCUCCUAGCAAAGGGGAGGGUGACGCAAGUAACUUCGAUGAAUACGAUGAAGAGCCUCUCUUCAUUGCUUCCACGGAGAAAUGCCACAAAGAAUUCGAAGAUUUCUGAAAAAGAUCGAUUCUAUGUAUCAUAUAAAUAUAUAUACACUCACGAUCCAAAAGAAGUUUUUACCCUUUUAUAGCCGUAUUUCUGUGGAGAUAAUGAACGUACGUUUUGCUUCGGGCGGAAUCUCUUUUAAUAUGUAAUUACCCAUACCUUUCCUAAAAUGACUUUCUAUCGAUUGUUACAGAACAACAGAAACGGUGACUGAUCACUGCAGCCCAGCACGCGGGAAAGUACGUGGAAGAUCACACUCCAUUACACCGAAUUGAUUUUUCGAAAUCACUUUCCCUCUUCACCGCAUUCGUUUGUCUUGAAAACUAUUUUUGGAGUUGCAAAGAAACGAGCUUUACAGGAAAUAACGAUUAUCUUUGAAUUUGUGACGAAAAAGUUUAAGAAAAUGUCAUGCCCUAAUUGGAAAAAACAAAAUGAUAAUUUCGAAUCGUAGAGAUUGUUUUUGAAAAAUGGACAAAUAUUUCUAUCGAAGGAAGCCAAAAGUUUAAAAUUUGAUUCUAAACAUUGUAGAUGAUGCCUCGAUGAAUGGUACAAUGUUUACGUUCGCAUAGAGCUACCGGUCGAUCGCGGGUGGUUGAUCACAUGACAGCUAAUGACGUCAGAGGUUUUACCGGUUGUUCACCAACCGAUGUUCCAUCGAACGCUUUUGGUUCAAAACGCGGUUACUUGCGCAGACGAAUAAUGCACAGAUGAAAAAUAUUUAUUAUUAGUAAAAAAUGUCACGUGGUUCAAUUAACCAAUCAGCCCGCUUAAAUUGCGGUCGACCGGUGGAUCAACAGGUGAAGCUAUUGGAACGAGUUCGGCAACGACCAAUUAAUCGGUAGCUCUAUGGGAACGCUACUGGUUAGUAAUCUGUUAACCAUGGUCGAUCUGUAGCACUAUGCAAACGUACCCAAUUUUUCUGAAAUUACUUCUCAAGAACUAAAACUAUGGUAAUUAGAAUUUUGUAAAGUUUUUGAGUGAUUUUUGUUGUAAGGCAUCCGUUUUUCUUGUUCUCGUAAAAUGUGUUCACACUUUACAAACUGAAACAUCCCUUCCUUAAUGUUGAUUUUGAUUGGAUCUUUGAAUUUUAAGUGAUCGUAUGCGUUUCUAGUCACAUUGUAUAGCUCUCCUUUCAAGAGUGUGCAACUACACUUCUUAGUUAAGUGAAUAUAUCGGUGUUUUUUAUCAACGAUUUUUAUCCAGCCAUUGAUGUUACUCAACACUGAAAAAUAUUUGUCACUCCUCUUUUGAAAUAUGCUCAUACGCAUGCAUUUAUAUCUUAAACCUCUUGGAUAUAAUAUUUGGUCUGGUGGAAAGACGAUAAAAACAUUAUAAUGUUAAGCAAUAAGUUACUGCCCUAAAACUUGGGCAAAGGCAGAACUACGUGCAAAAUGCCUAUAGCCCAGUAGAAACUACAGUUUCGUUCUUGUUAUAGACUCAUCAGUCUGGAAUAGUUAGUAACCAAGAGAAGAAAGAUGUUCUCUCAUUUAAGCUGAGAUUGGAAACAAACUAAUAUCUAGAAAGAAUUUAGCAUACCAGCGAUUGUCCACAAACAAUGGUAAGGUGAGGUUAAACUCGGAAAUGAAAGUAAAAGCUAGGUAUUAAGCAGUAAGUGACUGCUCUUUAGCCUAGGCUAAGCAGAACUACAUGCAAAAUUCCAAAUUUCACCAAAUUCGUUUCGGUAUUCAUAACAAUGACGAAACUGCAGUGUCUAAUGUCUAAACCGGGUUGUCGGUACUUGCAGAUACAUAAAUAAAAUUAUUUCUAGUUUAAGUUUAUUAUGGCACAAAGGAAAUGUUGAGCAAAGAGGCAACAUGCUUAAUGGCAGUGUGCCAGUGAUGGAAUAAAUGAGCACACCAAAUAACUCCAAUGAGCACACGUUGAAUGAAAUCAAGGUUCAUCAAAGUCGAACCGAUGAUUGUUUACACACCAUUGAUCACACUUAAAAAUGAAUUGUAUAACUUCUGGUCUUACAUUUGAUAUUAAAAAUGAUACGAAAAAUUUCAAUUGGCUAAACUACGGUAAAUUAAAUCUUACCGUAGGUUUUUUUUUUUUAUCCUGCAGGCUUUUUAUUAUAUCCAAGAGAACAUAGAUAAUGCAUACGUUUACUCAAGCACGUGCCAAAAACGUUCGAGCAUGUUAAUAAGAAAAAAAAGUUUUAUAUGGAUUUCCUAGUAUUUAGAGUUUACAAUCACUUUUAACUGCCCAAAAGGCAUUUAAAAUUGCUCAGGCGAAACAGAAAAAAUCGUUUUAUACAAGGAAAAAUACCAUAUAUUUUACGUGAAUAUUUGCAACCAAAAAAGUAUUAGCUCGGAAUGGUCUUCCCUUUCUUACUAAAUUUAUUUUAACGUUUCACGCUAGGGGAAAAAAAAUAUUUCAUGCUCAACUGUUGGUGAACAGGAGAGUUGAACACAAGUAUGAGAUCAUACUUAUCUACAAAGUAUAUAAACAUAUAUUAAACGUUAGCCAGGAUGAAAACUUUGAUGGCUUUUUGCGGCAAUACAUAUUUGAUAUAUUUUUGCUCAGUGAUUUUAUACUGUUUUUUCAACGAAAGAAACUUUUUUUUUUUCGAAUGAAUCCUUAUAUUUACUAAAAUAUACUUUUGAAACUUUUCUUUCUUAUUUACAAUAUUGCUUGUACUUCCUCUAUUUUUAAUUCGAAAAUCGAACAAAUCCCCGUCGAAAAAAAGAGAGAGAAAAAAAAAGAAAACGUAAUACUCUAAAUUUAAUGCUCCUUGGUAAAGUUUGCAACUAAAAUUUUCAUUUGAAAAACAUUCAGCAGGCAUUUUAGGUUUUCUGAUAUAUAACACAAUGUUUCAGUAAAAAUUAAGUGGGAACACUUAACUUUUAUUGAAACACGUUAUGGUAAUAUAUUCAGAGCAAGAAAAAACGAAUAGAUUACAGAUAAACAUUAGGUUUUCUAAUAUGUAAUACGCAGAUAUACUCAUUACAUUUUUAACAAAACAACUUUGGUUAUGCGAGACGAAUUCGUCAUUUAUUACAUUUUUAUGUGGAUAAUAAUCUGUCCAUUGGUUAUUGCAACUGCAAAUUUUUUUAUGCAUCCGGCACGUGCUUGAUUUACAUAUCUAUGUAUAGGUUUAAGCAUCUAUACAUAUCUAUACAUACAUUUAUAUGCAUCAUGCAUGUGUACACGUAUUUUUUUUCUCGUUGCAUACG